AUGACCUCCCUGCUGAGUCUGAAUGUUGAGACCGCAAACGGAGAGCUCACGAUUCCAUGCAUAGCCCAUGAUGGUAUGGCAUAUUAUGGAGUUUCUGAUGACGAUACUCUGAAAGCUAUCCUCUCAGGGGAGAUGGAAAGGAAGAUCGAUGAGGAAGAGUUCCAGAAACUCCGCACACUUCUCAGUUCGACCGAUGCACAAGUCCGACAAGCUGUGCAGAAACUCUAUGAGAGCCAUCGGGCGGCGCGAUGGCAAGAGUUUCAUACGGAUUGCGAUCGAAUUGCAGCCACGAUCCAGGCGGAUCCAGACACCACCGAUAAAGUGAAAAAGCAGAUGGACAUUGAGGUCUUCAAUGAGUGUUUAUUACCGUUUCACUACGGUUUGUUUAACACCUUCUUACUGAAACUUAUUGCAGAGCGGUUAGGAAGAGGUGCAGGCCUUCACGUUGAAUUGUUGCUCCUAUCGGACGAAAAGGUUCAUCAGAUGAACCGCGUAGAUGCUGCUGGACUUUACACCACGGUCCGUACGCUUCAGUAUGAAUCCGCUCUAGACUUGACUAGUACUUCCAAAGAGACCUGCAUUAUCGGCGCCCUAUGGCUAUUCCUGAAUCAAGUCGGCGCUCCUGAGUGGAAGUUCGAGCAGUUACCAGGACUUUACAUGGUAGAAGAUCUCGAUACCUUCCGCGAUAGAUCUGAGCUACCUGAAGACAUCGUAAAUGCUACGGUUGACUGUCUAAGGAUCGUCAAGGAGAAUGAGGCCCUGGUUCAAGGAGACAUUUUCGACUACUACCAGCAGAAUGUGAUAUUACAUUGUUCUGCUAAACGAGAAGGCUGCUACCCUCGAAACAGUGAAACAAGCUUUAAGCCUUCGAAAUCAAGAGCUGACCAUGGAAAAGCAGUGCGCAUAUCCUUUUCAUCUCGAGCCACUGCCGUCUUUCUCCCUCAUGAGUACUUCUCUGACGGGGCCAUCGGACUGCCUCAGUCGCAAGGAUGUGACCCAUCGAGCGGCACGGACCGGAACUCUACUGGUACUAGUGGAAAUGUUCCUAUGGCUCUCGGAUACUCGUUUGAGGAAUUCUACCUUCAGUGUUUCUACGGUGUAUCUACACCGUCUGCCAUUGCGGAUCCUGUUCCUCUUGACCUGGAAUUCCGGAUAGAGUUGUCGAUUAGGCAAGCGAAAGAAACGAUACGUAUGCUCGGCAUACUGGAAAAGGUCCGGGGGAAGCACGAAGUUUCAACAGAACGAGACCGGUUGACAGAUUGGGUCAAGUGGUGCAGGCAAUCCCGCCGCGAUCUUUUGGAGCGCAAACACUUGGCAGAUAGCCAAAGAGUGAUCGCUGAAAUUGAGAGUAAGAUCUCAUCACAAGUAGACCCUCAAGUUGGGGUUGCAGCUGAUUCUUCAUCUGUAGUGGCUGCUCAGACGAUGUUUGAAAAGAAACUAGGCAAACACAGCGGGGACAUCCUGGUGCCGGAAGUCAUGAAGGUGUUGAAUGGGUCAACCCGCGAGAUCGUGAGCGUCAACGCGAAGCGAUGGAAGCAGUUGAAAAAGCUAGGGGAUCCUGAAGGGCUAUUUACGCUGGAGGAAGAGGACGAUUCUACUGGCGGGGCCGACGAUGCGCAAAGUCGGGAAAAUGAGUUAGACAACGAGCCUCCCUGGUACUGUAUCUUCGAUCAUGAUGUCUGA